AUGGAGCAAAGAGUAAGAAGAAACAGAUACAACAACACUCUCUCUCUGCUCUUACUCUUCUUCUUAGCCUUCACUUCAAGAACAACCACAAGCACAAGUUGUCGGCGAAGAACUGUCAAACACUUAUCCACAACUCAUCUCUCAUCUACGCCACUGGAUUCAAGAAUCACUUCCAAGGUUAUUGUAGUUAGCAUCGUCUCAGGAGUUUUAACAGGGUUGCUCUCUGCCUUAGCGUUAGCUUUCUUGGUGCGUUGCAUUGUUAAGUACAUGAAACAGACGCCAAUCCUCAAAGGUCCUGUUGUGUUUUCACCUAAGAUUACACCAAAGUCUCUCCACGCAGCUCUUGGUAACGGUAUCCAGUUACUUGGCUCAGACCCUAACGGUAAAUACUACAAGAUGGUGCUUGAUAACGGUCUAGUGGUUGCUGUCAAAAGACUAGGGUCACUUGAAGUAAACGGCUCACCAGAAGCAGCAAGCAAGUCGGUGAAGAGAAGGUUGCAGAAGGAACUUGAGAUUCUUGCUGGUUUAAGGCAUAGGAACCUUAUGAGUUUAAGAGCUUAUGUUCGUGAAUCAGAUGAGUUCUCUCUUGUCUAUGAUUACAUGCCCAACGGUAGUCUUGAGGAUGUGAUGAGUAAGGUUAGAGGGGAAGAGAUAGAGCUUGGUUGGGAGAUUAGGCUGAGAAUUGCUGUGGGGAUUGUGAAAGGGCUUCAGUAUCUUCAUUUCAGCUGUGAGCAUCAGAUUCUUCAUUAUAACUUGAAACCUACUAAUGUGAUGCUGGAUUCUGAGUUUGAGCCUAAGCUUACUGAUUGUGGAUUGGCUAAGAUCAUGCCUAGUUCGCACACAGUAACAUCUUGCUACUCUGCUCCUGAGUCAUCUCAAAGUAACAGAUAUACAGAGAAGAGCGACGUGUUUAGCUUUGGGGUGAUAUUGGGUGUUCUUUUGACUGGAAAAGACCCGACGCAACCUUUUAGUGUAGAAGGUGCAAGUGGAGGGAGCUUAGGACUGUGGCUGAAACAUUUGCAGCAAUCAGGGGAAGCAAGAGAAGCAUUAGAUAAGAGUAUACUUGGGGAGGAAGUGGAGGAAGAUGAGAUGUUAAUGGCUUUACGAAUCACCAUUAUUUGCCUCUCUGACUUUCCUGCAGACCGGCCUUCAAGUGAUGAGCUUGUCCACAUGCUUACACAACUCCACAGCUUUUAG